CCACUAUAUUGUUUUGUUUGUUUGUUUAUUAUUUUUACUAUAUUGUUUUGUUUGUUUAUUUAUUAUUUUUACUGCAUUGUUUUGUUUGUUUGUUUAUUGUUUUUACUAUGCUGUUUUGUUUGUUUGUUUAUUAUUUUUACUAUAUUGUUUUGUUUGUUUAUUUAUUGUUUCCACUAUAUUGUUUUGUUUGUUUGUUUGUUUAUUAUUUUUGCUAUAUUAUUUUGUUUGCUUGUUUAUCGUUUUUCGUUAUUUAGCUUUGCUUGUUUGUUUAUUGUUUUCUUUAUUUAGCUUUAUUCUUAUUUUGUUUGUUUCUUUUCGUUAGCAACUUAGCUUUGUUCUUUUAUUGUUUUUACUAAUUAACUUUACCCCUUUAUUUUUUCCACUAUUUGUCCAUGUUUAUUGUUUUUUUAUCAUUUUCAUUAUCUAACUUUGUUUGUUUAUUCAUUGUUUUAACUAUUUAGUUUUAUGCUUACUUUUUUUUUUUGGUAUUCAACUUUGUUUCAUUAUUGUUUUUGUUAUUUGGCUUUGCUUAUUUAUUUGUUUAUUGGUUUGGUUAUUUAGCUUUGCUUGUUUGUUGUUUUCAUUAUUUAGCUUUGUUUAUUUGUUUUUUGUUUGUUCAUUGUUUUUCUUAUUUCGCUUUGUUUUUGUUUUGCUUGUUUUUUUUCUUCUUUUCACUAAUUAGCUUUACUUUAAUGCUUGGGAUGAAAUUUUCAGAUGUAAACAAUAUUUGAAAAACAAAAAACAGUC